CGGUCUGUGGAGAAACGGGUCGGCUCAUAACCUCGCGGAAAAGAAAGAUCGAGGGCAAAGCAAAUCCGCCCCUCCACGGAGUUCUGAUUUCAUUCUGUUUCAUUCAGUGUUCGCAGCGGGAUAGUUUUCCUUCGGUCUUUUAUAGGCUGGCACUGCGCGCUUUUUUCUCACUGACAAGGAAAUUAGCUGAAACUUUCAUGUUGAGUUACGGAGCAACAAGAUUACAUCUUUCGCCGUUUCAAGACGAAUCGUCUAAGGUACCAUGUAUCCAGAGUGAGCACUGAAGAGAAAUAAAAGGAUCCGAUUGAUGGUGAUGAAUUGCAAGAUUUUCCUACUAAUUUCGCGCCAGUGUUUGUCAGUCUUUUGGGAGAUGCGUGGAAGAAUAAGCGGAUUUUAUUGAUGGUGAUAAACUGAAAAUCCUUCCCAAGUUACUCGUCAGCAGUCAUGGUUUGUUAAGGACGCACCUGCAGAAUUCUUUUUCUACCGAUUUACGUUUUUCCCAAUGGCUCUUCGAAUGUCUGCAGUAGUGCCAGGGACGCUUAACUUGAUAGAUAAUGACUCAUGUAAUCAUGCAACUGAUAGACAGAAAUUACAAGAAGAGCUCUUAGCAGCUGCUAAAAUGUGCCAUGUCAGAUUCGGGGGACGUGGGGAAUUGGCAACGGAAUCUGACGCAUGCGUCACACGACUCUGUUGUGUGUUUGAACUGAUUUUUAGUCAUGGUCUACGUGUUAAUCGCCUUGAGAAACUUAACUCUGCGUUAAGGCAUGUUUCUGACUUAGUCUCUGGUGGUAAGUCAGGGAGUGGACCCGAUAUAGCCUUUUGGCCUUGCAUACGCGAACAGCUUACAUGGCAUGAACAAGAGCGUUUCAGUAUUCUAAGAAAGGUUCAUACCGACUAUGGCCGUGGAAGAGCAUGGCUUAGAGCAGCUUUAAAUGAGCGAUCGCUAGAACGCCAUUUACACGCUAUUAUUGAUCCAGAAACUCUCUCACCCUUUUAUGAAGACUGGGCGUUUUUGCUUGAUCAAGAGAAGUCAUCUGUACUUCCAAAUGUAGCAGCAGGUCUUGGAACUAUUUUAUUUGCAAUUCGUAUUGACAAUGAGGACCUCGAUGACCGAUCAGACAUAACAGAAGUUAACAGAUGCAGCGUUUCACAAUCUGAGCCCAUCAUUUCUUCGGUACCAUCAGGUAUUCGGAAAUCGGAUCAUGAGAAACGCAGAAGAAAGGUCCCAACUCACAUAAUCUCGUUCGAUAAUGAAAAUGAAGAAGGAAAAUUCGAUGAUGCAACAGUAUCUGUAAGUGCACCUCCAACAUGCCUAAACUCUCCAACAACAAUGACAGUUAAAGAUUCCCCAACACCAUCCCCGAUGACUGCACAACCACAAAGUGAUACUACUGUUGUGGUCUUAGACGUGAGACCAGUUACUUGGGAGAGAAGUGAAUCUGUUGAAGAGGAAAGAGUUCUGACACCAUUAACAGACAUUGGUAACACCGGUGGCCUCGUUCCUGUAUCACCUCUAGACCAGACUCUCGAUGACAUUCUAGUUAACGGACCUACUUAUUUAGACGACACGGCAGAAAUUGCAGAGCCAGCAAUGGAAGCAACCGAACCUUUUUUAAACCUAGAUGUGAAUGUCGAUGCCGAAAAAUUAGACGUGGACGCAUUGAGAGUUCAAUUGUUAACUAUGACCGAAGUCCUGGAACAAGCCAGAGAGGAUGCCGUCACCAGUAGAUUACAGCUUGCCCGAUUUCAGAGGCAGCAUCAAAAUUACCUCGAACGUCAUGAACUACAAUUACAGGCUUUAAACAGAGAAAACGAGCUUCUAAGGCAACAGCUACGAAAAUACGUGACAGCGGUGCAAAUGCUGAAGAAAGAUUCAUCCUCUCAAGGAACGACCGAGGACGACCAGGCUUUGGACUAUCACAAUGAAUCUCAACAGUAUCAGGAGAAGUUGAUCCAGGUUGCAGAGAUGCACGCGGAACUAAUGGAAUUCAACUCUCGAUUGACCUUGCAGUUAACGACUAGAGAUAGGUUGGUCAAACUACUCCAGGAGGAACUGGAAUGUCUUCGGGGUCCACUGGGAGAAGAUGGAUUGUCUUCCGAGCCCCCAUGCUUCAUCCACAUAUGGAUUCCAUCAGCCUUCCUCACUGGCCAAGCUUCUGACAUUCAUCACGUCUAUCAAAUUUACAUACGCAUCAGAGACACGGAAUGGAACAUUUACCGGCGUUACGCGCAAUUCCGUACUCUCUAUAGAGAGUUGAAGAAGCACGACACGAUCGUCAGGGCGUUCGACUUUCCGCCGAAGAAGACGAUAGGAAACAAGGAUGCAAAAUUCGUGGAGGAACGGCGCCAGAAACUGCAACAAUGGCUGCGAAGAGUGGCCGGUCGUUUGGCGCAAUGUUCCCCUGCAUUUUCAUCGCGACCGAGCAAACAGACCCUGAUUACGCUGAUGCCUUUCUUUGGCGACCUGCCUAACGCCGAGGACUCGAGGAAGAAGAGCGACACGACGAGAAGUGCGUUCUCCUCUUCCCCACAAUACAUGGGUUUAUAAUUCUAAACACCCCGAUAGACAAUUUGUACAUAACGACGCAGUAUUUCUAUCCGAAUUGUAUAUACUUGUAAGGAAUGAGUAACGGUGUACACAAGUGGUGCCCGUGAUUAUACACGCGGCCGAGUGUCUUCACCGACGUGACCGUCGGACGUAUCUCUCGAAGUGCAUCUCGAACAAUGUUAAUGUACAUACAAAGUAUCAUUCCUACGAGCCUCGACAUGUAGAGAAAUUAACAAUUAAAGGCUGGCCUUUUAUCCAAGGAAUAACAGAAUUAUUUCCUAAGAUCAAUAAGGAAUUGUUAAUAUCGUUAAUUCGAGCUCGCGUCUCGUCUCGAUUCAACAUCUUAAACAAUUUAAUAAUCACCCUUAACUGAUAACGAUAAAAAUCCAUGGCAUUGAUAAGUACCGGACGCGCGAGUACGGGAGGAGGGGGGGAGAUGACAAAGAAUGUUUCGAGAUUUUAUUUAAGUAAGGCGACUUACUAAUGUAAAAAGGUACACUUUUCUUCACUUACACUGUAUGAUAAAAAUAAGAGUGCGCAUUGGUAAAUUCUACCGGAACCAGUACGUUCGUCGUAAUGCUGAUAAAUAACGUUAUGGAAGAAAAAGAAGAAGAAGAAGAAGGAAGAAAAAAGGAAAAGAGACAACAAUCAUACAGGCGAUUUCAAGACCCCUUUAAGCGGAUCGCAUAUGUUCGUUAUCCAUUUCGUUUCUCGUCCCCCCGCGAGAGGGCGAAGCGAAAACGCGCGUCGGAGGAAACCAAGAAAGAAAAGAAAAGAAAUAUUCCUUUUCUCUUUCCGCCGUUAUCUCUUACAGAUCGUCGCAUCGAACGUGCUCGACGGAGACGUACCCUUACUUAAUAACGCGGUCGGUUAUUAAAAAAUAAGAAUAUAUAUAUAUAUAUAUAAACAAAGAGAAAGGUUCCCUUUUCGCCGCAAUGUAUUCUCUUGUACAUAGGAUAUAUCGGCCGCGUAGUCGCGCAGGUGGAUAUAAAAGAAACUAUAAUACUUAUAUUACACCACGCGACCGGGAUCGCGCGAUAUUACUUCCCCCCUCUCUCUCCCUUUCUCUCUCUCUCUCUCCCCCUCGCCCUCUCCUUUCCAUUCCUUCGGAGUAUUUGAGUAUACAUAAAGGGUGAUCCUUACAAAGGUGGCUGCGAGUUCACGUCGCGUUUUUAGCCUAACUUAAAGAUAUAGUACAACUAUACAUCGUGUCGCAGCUUCGGUACGCUAGGAAAAGGAGGCAAGAGAUAUCGAAGAAAAGGAAACGAGGAAUCCAAAGCGCGGAAAGUAUAACGAAAGCGGUACACUACUUGGUUUCCUAGAUUGCGUCCUUCACCUUUCCUGCGCGAAGUGCGCGCGUGCGGACGUACUUUUAAAGAUAAAAUAGUAAAAGAAAAAAAGAACGAAGGAAGAAAAAGUCUCGCCCUGUAAAAUUGCGCGCAGAGAGGCGUAGAAAUUGUACGACGCUAUCGGGCCUUAUCUCGCACGCGUCUGUAAUUUGCGUAGGAAAGGUCGCUUAGAUGUUUAAACAGAAAACAGAAAAAGGGAGGAGCAAAUUGGAAUAAACCGAGGUUAACAUUAACGACGCCGAGGAGUAUCUUCGUGUUCCUUCUGUUUCCAUCUAGCGCGAGCGAUCGAAUAUUUCCUCCGUCGCGCCAUUUUGUUUUCCUUUUUCUUUUACGUAUACUCUCUGCGAUGGGAACAAAAGAAAAAAAUAGAUUCUGGCCGAUCGAAAUUUAAUCGUCUCGGGCGAUCGACGGAUAUUAGCUGUUCGCAGAGAAAGCGAGUCGAUUUUUUUUUAAGUACACAAAGCGAGGAGGGAAAAAAAUAACAAAUCUAUGGCGGCGAUUUUACGGGGAAGAAAAAAGAAGAAAUAAUACAAAGUAAACCUCGGUAUUCGCAUUGGCAACUUCGAGUACACCCGGGACGUAUAUAUAUAUAUAAACAUAUUUAUAUAUAAACGCGUGGCGAUCGACGGAAAAGAAAAGAAAAAAAAAAUAGAAAAAAAAAUAAAGAAAUUCUCCGCAGGAUCUUCCUCCUCCCCAAAACCGAAUACUAUACAAAGACCUAAGAAGGACGAGUUUGUAGAAGCGUGUCUUCACCGUAAAAAUUUUAUUUCGCCGGUACAGUGUACUCGUUAAAAUUAUCCUUACUCUUAGUUAAGUUACCUAGAGAACGAAAAAGAAGGAAGAAAAAAAGAAAUAAAGAAAAAGGAAAAGGAAAAAUACGAAUUGAAAAGGAAGAAACGUAGAAUCAAUCACCGACAGAGCGGAUCGAUCGGCGAAUACUUUCGACGAGUCGAAUCGCGACGCGUUUUUUUUCUCGUGAGACGAUUUUUUAUAUAUAUAAAGGGGGGAGAAAAAAGUGUAAGCGGAGAACGGAAUAAAAUGAUAUACAAACGGACAAACGGAAACGAUGCUUUCUUUCCAUGUACGCACGCGUAACGAUUAAGAGAUAUUUGUACUAAAAGAUCGCUUACAACAAUUGCGUCGGAAAUACGGCGCAAUUUUCUCUCUUUCUCUCUCUCACGUUCACUCUCACUCUCUCUCACUCUCUCUCUCGCUUUCAUCAUCCCGAAAAUAACUAUAUCCUCUUUUGUAAAGACAUAAUUCAUUACCGUCGAUGGCGCGACUUGGAGUUGCCGAACGUAAUAUUCAAAGUACGGAUUGUUACAAUGUGUGUUCGUGUGCACGCGUAUAUAUGUAUAUACGCGUGGUAUACGUACAUAUUACACGUAAAAAAAAAAAACAAAAAAAAACGAUUAUCUCUAUUUAACACCUCGCCUUCGUGCCUCUGCGAAUCCCUUUAUUUCUCGCCCCCUCUCUUUCCUCCCUUAACCCUUCUCGCUAAUAAUUGAUACCUCUCUCUGUCACUCUCUCUCCCCCGAGUCGACCCCACGACCGACGAAAGGCUUUGAUAAGCUUGCAGUGAUAAGCGACUCUCCUAAUCCGACAAAGUAGGGACACAGACACACCGGGUGAGCCUCGACCGACACUUCCUCGUUCCUUUUUCCACCUCCACCCUGAGAAAAAGAAAAGAAAAAGAAAAAAAAAGAAGGGAAUUCAUCGAACCGAGGAGACAUUUCCUCGACAACAGUACCGAAGAAAUAUCUCUAUUGAUUCAAGGAAUAAUUAUUAUAUCACUCGGAUGUUGAAUAUUUGAAGAAUGAAUCGAAUGAAUCCUCGCGAUCGCGAAUGGACGUUGCAUCCAAUUUAUUCAAGUUUCAGUCUAAUUCGUCGAAUCGACAUAUAAAAUAUUUUCUUGAUAUCACUUCGAGGAAACGUCUCCUUCGUUCGACGACAUUUUUUUUCUUCUUCUCAGUGCAGCGGAGUUCGGAUUUUCCGGCCCCCGGGAAACUCCUCGAGAAAGUCCCUUAAAUUAUGACCACAGGCAUACACACUGAUUCACUCGACUAAUUUCGAUUUAGCCCUAGGACGGACUAGAGGAGGAAUGUUCGGAAAAAUGGAUUUUUAAAUCCCCCCCUCGACAAGGCCCGCCUCGUUCGCAUACUUUACAGGGAUUCGGUCGGAAAUCAGCCCUGCGAAUCAUUUUCACCGCUCUUAACCGAGAGAAUUUAUUGAUUCAUUGCCAGAAGAAAAACAAAAAAAAAACCCCAUUAUUUCCGCGUCCCUAUUUUGCGUAAAAAUGGCGUCGAAGAGUCCCGUGAAAUUUUCUCCAACGAUACAGUAGUAUAAUAGUUCACCUGUAAAGUAAUAAAAUAAAAAAAAACUAACGACAUACCAGGGGCCGUAGAAAUAAAUUGCACAGGACUUUUCGACUUCAUUUCUGCCGAUGGCGACAUAUUAACCGCGAUCACGAAUUCUGACCCACCCUGUGCAUAUAUAUAUAUAUAUAUAUAUAUACACAAAAGUUAUAAACAUACAAGACACGUAAAUCGCACUGCAGCCCGGAAUGAAAAAAGCGACGAGACGAGUGAUUUCAUGUGAAUUUAUUACAAAACAGUGAAUAAAAGUCGUAUUCAAAAUCGUCCAGAAGUUAUAUAUAAUAUAUAAAAUUUCUCACGGUACUCUUUAUACAACAUACAAGGCGUGUGUGUGUGUGUGUGUUUUUGUGUGUGUUUGUGUCUGUGUCUGUCUGUCCUGAGAUCACUGAAAAGUCGGAGCCUGUUAAUAUAAUUCUGCCGAGUUGUGCGAUUCCCUAUAAAAACAAAAAAAAUCGG